AUUUAAAUUUUUGCCCGGUCGAGAAUGUAAUCGUUUCACGAACCAGUUGGCCGUUGGCGUUUCUCGUCGCAUGACGUAUAGCUCGUGUUUCGUGUUGUAAAUAUCGUACUGAUUUGUUAAUACUGUACUCUGCGUCAACAAACUAAUCUGUUUUUUAUCGAGUUUUAAUGAUAUAAUAAUAAAAGUGAAUUUGUUUAAACACAUAUACUCGUAUUAAUUUAAGGAGGUGACGUUUUUUUUUAAGUUUACAUCUCCAUUGUAAAAUAACAAAUUUGGAUUACAAAAUAUGUACUCACCCAAAAAUGAGAGUGAUGACUGUUAAUGUCGUUCUUCAUUCAAGAGGUAGAAGUUAGCAUAAAUGAUUUUAUGGCCAAAGUGGUAGCAAACGACAAGUUCUCCGGUCUAUACAUCAGUACGUAUGGCGGCGGUGAACCUGUUGCUCUCCAUCAGGAGCAACAGCAACAGCAACAUCAACAGCAACAGCAACUGCAACUGCAGCAGCAGCAACAGCAGCAGCAGCAGCAACAGGAGGGACUGCAGCAGAUCCGAAAUGGCAGCAUCGAUGUCGGUUACGACAAUUUGGAAGCGUGCAUCGCGUACGCCGAUUCGGUGGCCAAGUGCGGCCGCGUGUGCGAAUCCCUGGAUCUGUACGCCCGGUGUUUCCGGGUGGGCCCUCUGCCCGCCGACUGCCUGUGGCACGUGACCUCGGCCUUCCUCGAUCUGAUCCGACAGCAGUUCGACGACUCCCAGGCAAGCGAAAAGUUUUCGUCACCGCCACCACAGUCACUACAACAACAACAACAACAACAAUUUCUACAGCAUGCGCACGACGACCACCAGGAACGCCAAAGCUACAUCCACCACCACAACACUCGCCACGACCAUCAGCAGCAACAGCCCUGUCCGUUCGUCUGCUGCGUCUGCAACCUGGUGCUCCGAGAACCGGUCACGUUGCUGUGCGGUCACACGUGCUGCCGGAGGUGCGGGGAUGGCACCGCCUGCAAACCGUUAGUGUGCCACAAGUGCGGCAUGCGCACGCCAUUCCAGCCGCACGUAGACGUACUGGUCAAGUCGUUGGUCGAGAAACUGUGGCCAGUGCAGUUACGGGCCUCCGAGCUGCUGGACGAGGGCAAGGCCUUGUACAGACAGGGCAAGAUCCACUCGGCUCUCAUGAAGUUCAACCAGUCAUAUUACACUGGAGGCGAAAAUUAUGAUUUGUUGAACGUUAGAUCAAGAACGCUGCUUAAACUUGGACUCAAUGAAAACGCCCUUUCGGACGCUGCUCGUGUGGUCCAAAUAAAUCCAAAGUGGUCUAAAGGACAUUUCACACGUGGCAUGGCGUUGUUUUCUUUGAGGAGAUAUCAAGAGGCGUUAUUCGAGUUUUCAUUGAGCGCAGUGCUCGGUGAAAACCAACAAAAACUCCAAUCCCAAAUUAACGAGGUACUACAGAGGUUACUGACGAUGUAUUCCAAUGAAGAUCUAGAUCUAGAGAGCUGGAAUCCCAUAUCUCACAGUUACUUGAGAUCGUACUUGAACACGUUCAUCAACAGAUCCAAUGUAUUUGACAACAGUUCAAACUCCUUAAAAAAAUCUUUUGUAAAAGAAAGUACAUUUAUAAAAAAAGAACUCUGUGAAAUCAGUACAAUAACUGAAUUGGUCCAACAUAUUUUUGUUGAAAUAAUGCAGACUAAACAUUACACUUCAAGCAUCCUAAUCAAUAACACGCUAAACGUGGACCAGUCAUUGUUGGACGAAUCGGAUUUCAAUUGCGUUCUGUGUUGUGGAAUGCUGAGGAACCCGGUGACGACACCGUGUGGGCACACGUACUGCUUAGACUGUCUAGAGCACAAUUUCGAUUAUAGUUUCCACUGUCCGCUGUGUCUGACGUCACUGCCGCCCAGCUUGGCGCUGAGCAACAAGAACACCUCGGAAUUCGUCAACGAGCUGAUCAGUUGCAAGUACCCUAAAAAUGGUCCCAUGCAGACGGUGAACUGGAAACCUGAAACGGAACACGACAGCACGUAUUUGCCGGUGUUCGUAUGCACGAACGCUUUCCCGUCCGUGUCAUGUCCGCUGCACGUGUUCGAACCUAGGUACAGGCUGAUGAUCAGGAGGUGCAUAGAAUCGGGUACGAGGAGAUUCGCCAUGAUCAGCAACUGCUGUCCUCCCAUGAAGUUCGCCGAGUUUGGUACAGUGUUGGAAAUCAAAGAUCGGAUCAUGAUGGGUAAUGGUUGCUCUAUUCUGUCGACAAUCGGAAUGCGACGAUUCAAAGUGUUAGUCCGAAAAGAACACGAUGGCUAUGACAUGGCCACUGUGCAAUAUAUACAGGACGAAAAAGUUCCUCCGAAAAAAUUAUUAGAAUUAUAUAAGCUCCACGAUGACGUUCGGCAACGGGGAUUAACGUGGUUCGACGGUUUUCGGCCUGAAAUAAAAUCGGAAAUCCUGAGGACGGUUGGUUUUCCGCCAAGCACCGAACCAAAUUGGGAAGAACUUUCUGACGGACCAGCUUGGACGUGGUGGUUGUUAUCGUUAUUACCACUAGGCCAAAACGCUCAUGUGGACCUCUUGGCGAACACUAGUAUUGAAGUCCGGUUAAAAGUGAUCAACAAAAUUCUCAGCCGCAUCGAACGAAGCUCGUUGUCCCUAAGAAUAACGUCGUCACCAAUGCAGUAUAAUAAUUAAUAAUAAUCAAUAACGAUGAACUAUAAUAUUAUAGUUAUUAUGUCGAUGAUACUAUUAUUAUAAUAAUAUAUUUAAUGGUUAGACGACUGGAAAUCUCUACGACAAUAACCACAUAAUAUAUCAUUUAUGUUUGUUUAAUAUAUUUGUAGGCAGCGCGGGUGUAGUCCGAUCUUAAAAUUAUUAUUUAUGUACCUACACAAUAUCAUUACAAAUUAGACGUAUCUGACGUCCGACGUUUCGGAUAAAUAAUAUUAUUUCAUUGUCAUUAUUAUAUUUAUUAUCGUACAAUAUAUUCUGUGAUCUCCGAAUCUGGUCAAUUCAGUUGCUGAUAAAUAAUAUCACGCGUACCUAGGUAAAUUAAACGAUUUUUACUUAAUGUGUUUCUACAUACCAACUUCCUGAAAUCAAAGAAAAUAACUACCACACAAUUUACCGGAUUCAUCUCAAUUUAUUAUUUAAGACAACACACAUUUCCACUUUAUUGUGAACAAUAAAUUGUAGUUUGUUAGGAUAAUUAUUAUAUUAUUAUAUCCAAUUGUGAGUCACACCUGGAAAGCUAUUAUUAUUAUUUUGAAUUAUUAUAAUAAUUGUUGCUUUUUGAUCAUAACAACGAAUUCUCAAUUUAUUUUGGUAUUGUGAUACAUUUUAAAUAACCCAAAAGUCGCUUUUGCGGUUCAAUUGUGAUAUUGGAAUGUGUAAUAUUGUUUAUUUAUUAGUGAAAUUAUAUUUUUAUUAUUUAAUGUGUUUACUACCUCUUUAAGAACGCAGGUGGUAGGUGGGAUCUUUUUAAGGUUUUUUUUUACUUGAUAUAUUUAUCUGAGCCUAAUUAUUAUUGUUGUUAACUUACAAUAAAUAAAUAUUUUUUAUUUCUUGUUUGA